CCUUUGAAAUCUCACUCUAAGAUUCCAAUAUGUCAUUUUUGCCUUUUAUUUUUCAGCUACAGCAACUAUAGAAGACAAAGAACCUUAACCAAAAAUGGAGCACAAGACAACUUCCGGCGCCAUUUCUAAACGGCUACGCUGCAUCGUCAAACUCGGUGGUGCAGCCAUCACGUGUAAAAAUAAAUUGGAGACUAUAGAUGAGGAGAAUCUCAAGGAAGUUUCAUCCCAGCUUCGUCAAGCAUUUGUUCAGGAUUCUACUUCUGCACAUGUUCUUGGAAUGGAUUGGAGUAAAAGGCCGGGACAGUCUGAAGCUCCAAGUUUCAUUAAUGAUUUCGGUGAUCAACCAGUUGCGGAUUCAGAAAGUUUUAUUGUUGUUCAUGGAGCAGGUUCCUUUGGACACUUUCAAGCUAGCAAGUCAGGGGUUCAUAAGGGUGGACUAAGCGAACCUCUUGUCAAGGCCGGUUUUGUUGCUACAAGAAUUUCAGUCACAUCCCUCAAUCUUGAAAUCGUGAGAGCCCUAGCAAGAGAGGGUAUUCCUUCCAUCGGAAUGUCUCCAUUCUCAUGUGGUUGGUCAACAUCUCAAAGAAAUAUGACAGAGGCUGACAUUUCCAUGGUCACUAAGGCUAUUGAUACUGGUUUUAUACCUGUUCUGCAUGGAGAUGCAGUCCUGGAUACAUUACAGGACUGCACUAUUCUGAGUGGAGACGUGAUAAUACGUCAUUUAGCAGCUGAACUAAAGCCAGAGUUUGUUGUUUUUCUUACGGAUGUUCUUGGUGUAUAUGAUCGUCCACCAGUAGAACCUGGCGCUAUACUUAUCCGGGAAAUAGCUGUACGUGAAGAUGGAAGAUGGUCGGUACUGAAACCUAAAUUAGAAGAUACAAGCAAGCCCGUUGAAUUCACGGUAGCUGCUCAUGAUACAACUGGUGGGAUGGUGACAAAAAUAACAGAAGCCGCCAUGAUUGCCAAGCUUGGGAUUGAUGUCUACAUAACAAAGGCAGGAACAGACCAUUCAGUGAAAGCCCUUAGUGGAUUCUUGAAGGGUGGCAUACCUGAUGACUGGCACGGAACAGCCAUCCGUUAUAUGAGCUGAGCUAAAACAUAGAUUUCUCGUGCUGAAUGUGAGGGCUCAAAUCAUUUGAAGACAGACAUUCCCAAACAACAAAUUUUUGUUUUAUAAUAUCCGAUCCCCUCCCUUCUCUCCCCUGCCUAGCUGCACAUUACUUAUAUUUUUUCGCCAAAGCAGCAAAAAUAAAAGAUUAACCAUCAGUAGAACAAUUCUUAUUGAUUUUGUGGCCAAUACUUUACCAAUGGAUGCUAUGGCAUCUUGUCAAUUGGGAUAUUGUUUCUAAUAGCAAAAGAAAAGGCGGUUUGGAUAUUGGUAAGUGUAAAGAAAUCAAUCUUAGUGUGUAUGGUGGGAGCUUUAGUGCACUGUCCGCCCUUUUUCAAA